AUCGUCUCAUGUACAAUUCCAUGAUAAGCCGCCCCUUGCUACCUCUAGAUGGUGUGGUCUUCUCUCUCCUUCUCCAGCUUGUCUUUCUUAUGUGUAUGUAUCACAUCACCGAAUGCACAUGGGACGUGCAAUUUAACCGAUUUCCUGUCGUCAGUGUAUUGAAAUCCCCGUGGGGCGGUCUGGACGAGACGCUUAACAGGGCAGUCUCAUCUCUAUUCAGUCUCGUUAACCAGCUGGGCAGGUAAAGAUGAGCAUAUUAGAGCGAAAAGGAAGUUGUGCCUUCCAUUUCGAUUUACAAGGAACUCUGACUUGCUCUUUUACUCGGCCUGCUACGGUGUCUUCAGGCCAUGGUCACAUCCUAUAGCAGGAGAAGGUGGUUGGAAGGCAAUAUCAUCCCCUACAAAGAAAAUAUCAUAACCGAAUUGCUUAGAGUGCCAUCGACGAAGAUCAUCUACUAUGUAAGAAAAGAUCUCGCUUCCAUCCUAUGUAGAUGAGGCCAG